ACCUUGCUAAACCUGCUCAAUCUCGAUAGUCAGUCUAGAUGUUAGAUUCAUUCGGGUGCACACAAAUCCUCUGGAAUUGCAAACUUUGAGAAUCCAAGAAGAGAAGAGAAACAUGGCGGAAUUCCUGUGGACCUUUGCUGUACAGGAAUCGUUGAAGAAGACGGUGAUUAUGGCGGCUGAGCAGAUCGGCCUGGCAUGGGGAUUCCAGGAGGAACUCUCUAAGCUGGAGGAAGCUUUAUCCAGGGCGCGAGCCAUCCUAAGGAAUGUUGACAGAACGAAGGCAGACCAUGAAUACCUCAACCUAUGGGUGAAGAAGCUUGAAGAUAUUGUCUUUGAAGCUGAUAAUUUACUCGAUGAGCUCGCUUAUGAAGAUGUUCGACGCAAAGUGGAAAUCGAAACGGUAAGCAUCAUUUCAUUCUCCACAUUUUAUAUCAAAAUGGCAAAUAAAAUCCCAACGGUUGCUAAAAAGUUACAAGAGUUCAUUUCUACAAAUCCUCCUCCGCUAUGUGUUGCUACAACAUCCAAUGAAGCUGAAAUUGAUCUUAACCAAACUCGAGAGACGGACUCAUUUCCUGAGGAAAUUGAGGUCAUUGGGAGGAAAACGGAAGUAUCAUAUAUAGUGGAUAAGCUACUUGCCCUUGAGAGUCAGAAAACUCUAGUUGUUUUAACGAUUGUUGGCACAGGUCGAUUAGGAAAAACAACACUGGUGAAGAAAGUUUUCCAUCAUGAUAUGAUAAGGAAGAAUUUCGAUACAACCAUAUGGGUAUGUGUGUCUCAUCCUUUUAAAAUCAACAAAAUUUUGAGAGCAAUCGUGGGAUCCUUUAAUCCUACAUUUGGUGGCUCAGAUGAAAGGGAAGUCAUUCUUCGGGAGCUCCAAAAUUUGUUGACUGCCAAAAAGUAUUUGCUUGUGCUUGAUGAUGUUUGGAACGAGGAACCCAUUCUAUGGAACGAGUUGAGGGCAUGUUUGGUAAAGAUCAAUCAAAAUGUUGGAAGUGCAUACAUCAUUUGAGGCAGUUACCGGAUGAUGAUUGUUGGGCUUUAUUUCAAAAAUGUGUCUUUGGAAGUGAUAUACCAAUAAUUCCUGAUGUCAUUCGAGGACAACUUGUUAAAAAAUUUGGUGGCAUACCAUUGGUUGUGAAAGUGCUGGGAGGAAUGGUGAAAUCAUACAAGAACGAUGAGGAAUUGCAAUCGACUUUGGAAAAUCUAGUGAGAAUUGAAUUACCAAAGGAAGAUCUUAUUUUAUUCACAAUCAAAUUAAGCGUGGACCGUCUACCGUCUUCCUCAUUGAAACAAUGUUUUGCUUAUUGUUCAAAUUUUCCACCCGACUUUCACUUCUACAAGGAAGCACUUGUUCGGAUGUGGAUAGCACAAGGGUUUAUUCAACUACCUAAUGGAAGCAAUGUAACAAUGGAGGAUAUUGGAGAGAAGUAUUUCGAUAUGUUGUUGUCUCGCUCCUUGUUUCAAGACGUUGAAAAGGAUUAUAGAGGAAAAAUUGAAUAUUGUAAGAUGCAUGAUCAUAUACACGAGGUCGCAUGUGCUAUUUCAAAUGAUAAAAAUUUGAGAGAGGACCUUGUAACGGAUGAAAAAUAUGAAGGUGGUGAAGUUCUUUCGAUCCGUCAAAGAAGAAGAACAGUUUAUUGUUGUGAAAAUGUAUCAUUUGAUAUGAUCACCAACUUCAUCUACUUGCGUGUUUUAAUUAUGGAUCAUGUGUUCAUAACUGAAUUGCCGGAUACAAUUGGUAAGUUGAAGCAUUUGAGGUAUCUUGACAUUUCCGGGUGUGGAAUAAGUAAUCUCCCAGAAUCUAUUGUUUUGCUCUACCAUUUGCAAACUUUGAAGCUUGAUGAGUGUACAAAGCUUCCGACAGAGUUGACAAAGUUGGUGAACUUAAGGCAUUUAGAAUUUGAUUGGUAUGAUAUAAAUCCUAAGCAAAUGCCUAAACAUUUAAGUCGAAUGACUGAACUUCAAACGCUUUCUAGUUUUAUAGUUGGGUGUGAUGACGGAUGUAAGAUCGAGGAGCUUGGACCCUUAAAAAACCUUAAAGGUGAUUUAAGCUUGUUAUAUCUCGAGCGAGUCAAAAGUAAAGAGGAGGCCAUGACUGCAAAUUUAGUAGAAAAGGAAAAUAUUUCUCAACUAUGUUUGAAAUGGAGUAUUGAAAGGGAAGAAUGUAACGACAGUGAUUUGAAUGUGUUGGAAGGGCUUCAACCACACAAAAACCUUCGACAAUUGAGAAUUCAAAAUUUUGCCGGUGAACUUCUACCCAACGGUAUUUUUGUUGACAACUUGGUUGAGAUACAUCUAUUCGAGUGCACAAAAUGUGAAACUUUACCAAUGCUCGGACAGUUGUCCAAACUUAAGGCUCUUCAAAUUAGCAAGUUGAGUGCACUAAAAAGUAUUGGAGACGAAUUUUAUGGAAAUUAUCGCGACAGCAGAACUUUAUUCCCUAAAUUGAAAGCAUUUCAUAUUUGGUUCAUGGACAGUUUAGAGCAAUGGGAAGAAGUUGAUACUCUGACGAAUUGUACAACUUUUCCUCAUCUCGAAAGUUUAAUCAUUCGUUAUUGUCUCAAACUAACGAAUAUUCCAAACAUUUUUGCAACUCAUGGACAGAGGUUGGAAGUUGACACUAUGAAUGCAAGGUUAUUUUCAAGCUUUCAAAGUCCUCCAAAGCUUCGAUCUCUACACAUUACAAAUUGUACAAGUUUGAUAAAGCUACCAAACUGGUUAGAGUUUUGUAGCUCACUUGAAGAUUUGGAGAUAGACAACUUUUGUGAUGAUAUUUCCCUUCCAAAUUUGCAAAAUCUCCGAAACUUGUCUACGUUAGAAAUCAAAAAGUUUGAAAAUUUGCCAAAGGGGCUUCGUGGUAUGCAUAACUUGAAAAAAUUGGUGGUUGAAGGGCCAAUGAAGGAUUAUGAUUGGAGUCGAUUCGUACCCUUAAAUUCGCUUGAAGAGCUUGUAUUGUCGGAAACAAGAACUAAUAGUUUAACACAACUUCCUCGACAACUUGAACUCCUCCCUGCUUUAAAAUAUUUGUAUAUUGAGAAUUUUGAUGGUGUUGAAUCUUUGCCGGAAUGGUUGGGAAACGUUAUAUCUUUGGAGACAUUAUCAUUACAUUGAUGCGGUUGAACGGGAAAGAGUAUUCCAUGAAACCGGUAUCCAUGUGUCCCGCUACUAACAGGUCAGUUCCUCUGUAUUUAAAGCCCGUCCCCAAUUUCGCCAGUUUCUGACGCUUUCCAUGAUUUGCGGACCUUGAUUGCUUUCGAUGACCAGAAUCGCACAUUGACCGUCUCGUGUCGGCGUUCCACUGUGGAGUUCCUAGGUCAGUUGGUGCUAUUCAGCUUCGUCGUGGUCUUUCUGGUUAGGGUUUUAAUUGGGAUCGGAUCUCGUUUUCGUAACCAAUUUAGUCCCCUAUACAUGAUGACUUCAAUGGCUCUGACUGAUGUUUCAGAUGAAGUUUCGAGGAAUGGGGCUUGGGUUGGAGAUAGAUUGCCGAAAUGGUGGCCUCCGGCAGUUCCUAGACGAAUUUCCAUUGCGAACAUGGCCUGUAAUUCAAUCUUUGAAAUCAGACUAUAAACUUUUCGAACAUGAUUUCAUACUUUUCAAACAUCACUUUUGUCCGGGUUAUUUCGUUGGAGCUCACAACUAUUUUAUGCCUGUUUCUUUUGAUUCUAAUACUUUUAUUAGUUGUAUUUGUUGUAUUUGAAGAAUUGUAUUAAAUUUGAUAUUAUAUUAAUUAGUUACUACUACGGCUUUGUUGAUUCAACAA